AUGGCGGCGGCUCCGCUGCUGCUGCUGCUGCUGCUCGUGCCCGUGCCGCUGCUGCCGCUGCUGGCCCAGGGGCCCGGGGGCGCGCUGGGGAACCGGCAUGCGGUGUACUGGAACAGCUCCAACCAGCACCUGCGGCGAGAGGGCUACACGGUGCAGGUGAACGUGAACGACUACCUGGAUAUUUACUGUCCGCACUACAACGGCUCGGGCGCGGGGGCCGGCGCGGGCCCGGGGCCGGGGCCUGGCGGCGGGGCGGAGCAGUACGUGCUGUACAUGGUGAGCCGCAGCGGUUACCGGGCCUGCAACGCCAGCCAGGGCUUCAAGCGCUGGGAGUGCAACCGGCCGCACGCCCCGCACAGCCCCAUCAAGUUCUCCGAGAAGUUCCAGCGCUACAGCGCCUUCUCGCUGGGCUACGAGUUCCACGCGGGACACGAGUACUACUACAUCUCCACGCCCACCCACAACCUGCACUGGAAGUGUCUGAGGAUGAAAGUGUUCGUGUGCUGCGCCUCCACAUCGCACUCCGGGGAGAAGCCGGUCCCCACUCUCCCCCAGUUCACCAUGGGCCCCAAUGUGAAGAUCAACGUGCUGGAAGACUUUGAGGGAGAGAACCCCCAAGUGCCCAGGCUUGAGAAGAGCAUCAGCGGGACCAGCCCCAAGAGGGAACACCUGCCCCUGGCCAUGGGCAUCGCCUUCUUCCUCAUGAUACUCCUGGCCUCCUAGUUCUGCCCUCUCUCCCGGCGGGGAGAGAUGGGGGCGGGGCUGAGAAGGAGCCGAGAACUUUCUGCUUCUGCAAGGGAAGCCUAGCUGUGGGGGCCUACGCUCCACCUCCCCCGUGGUGGUCGGAAGUGGGGUCUGCACCGUACAUCUGUGCCUCCUCUCCAGGUUAGGGCACUGUAUUGGAUCAGGCACAGGGGACAGCCGCAGGUCCCCAGGUGGCCUUGUGGUCUUGGUAAUGUUGGGGGGGGGAGCUUAAAGGGCAGUGCUCAGGACUCCCUGCCCUCUGGUACCUGCCCCUGACCCUUGGUGCCCUUCUCCUUUGUCGCCCACACCAAGAGGGACAUAUACGCCUCCCAGAGAGCGCGGGUGGAAGCCUGGGAGGUGUACCCCCCUGUCUCUCUCUUCCAGGGCAGAACAUGGGGAGGGGACGGGGUGGGCGAGGGGUAGUGCCAGGGGCUGCCCCUCCCCCCCUGUUUACAGCAAUAAGCACGUCCUUCUCCCUCCACUCCCACUUGCAGGAUUGUGGUUCGGAUUGCAUCCAAGUUUACAAAUAAGACACCCCUAGGGCCAGGCCGUGGGCAAGGGUGGUAAGGGGUGGGUAUUGGGGUGCCAGGCAGGCAUGUACAGACUCUAUAUCUCUAUAUAUAAUGUACAGAGUCCCUCUCCCUCCUUAACUCCAACCUUUCUCAACUUCCCCUUCCAGCUUCAGACCCCUUCCCCACCAGGCUAGGCCCCCUCCUUCCCGGGGACCCCUGGCCCCUCUUUUGUCUUCCGUGAAGACAGGACCUAUGCAACGCACAGACACUUUUUGGAGACCAUGACAACAAUAUCCCCUCCCCCAGGACCUUGCCCUGCCCACCCCACGUGGUCCUCACCCAUCCUGGGCCUUUUUUUCAAGUGCUUUGGCUGUGACUUUUCAUACUCUGCUCUUAGUCUAAAAAAUAACAACAAUAAUAAUAACAAUAAUAAACUAGAGAUAAAAAUA